CCCUCCAUCGACCAAUCCAUUAUGCAAUUCCAGCACUCAGCACCAACACCAAGCGCUAAUAUUAUUAUCAGCUGAUUGAUCCACGUUAAUUAGUUUGGCCGGGACGAUAUGAGUUCCUCCUCCGUCGGCGAGGUGACGAAGUCGUGGCCGGAGGUGGUCGGGCUGUCCAUCAAGGAGGCAAAGAAGGUGAUCCUCAAGGACAAGCCUGACGCCGACAUCGUCGUCCUGCCCGUCGGGGCGAAGGUUACCGAUGACUUCCUGCCCAACCGCGUCCGCAUCUUCGUCGACACCGUCGCCGAGAUCCCCCGUGCUGGCUAGCUAGCAUGUUCCAUCCAUGGAUCUCAAGAAUAAAUGUAUAACAGAUCGAGCGUUAAAUUCAUGAUGAAUCAUAUGGGCAUGUCAUGUGUGUGUUUGGUUGGUUAAUAAAGUGUUUCUCUUUGUUUGAAGUUCUA